AUGAUUGUACCAGUGCGUCACCUUGUAGCCGCACGACUCAUCUCGUACCCAAACUCGAUCGUUCAUUCCAGCCCUCGCGAUCGUCGGCCCUACUCAGAUGCGGUGCGCGAGAAGACAAGUUCGACCACACAAGUCAUACCUCGAGAGCUUAAACCAACUAGCCUCGUAGAACAUGUUCUGACCAGGAUGGACCAACUUGUCAACUGGGCAAGGAAUGGCUCCAUGUGGCCGCUGUCGUUUGGCCUCGCGUGCUGCAGUAUCGAGAUGAUGCACGCUUCGAUGCCACGAUACGACCAAGACCGCUUGGGAAUCAUCUUUCGCGCCUCUCCCCGCCAAGCCGAUGUCAUGAUUGUUGCUGGCACCGUCACGAAUAAGAUGGCCCCAGCGGUUCGGCAGUGCUACGACCAGAUGCCCGAUCCGAAGUGGGUAAUCAGCAUGGGCAGCUGUGCAAAUAGUGGCGGGUACUACCAUUACAGCUACAGUGUCGUCAAGGGCGUGGACCGGAUUAUACCCGUCGACAUUUACGUGCCCGGUUGUCCGCCGACGUCCGAGGCGCUGUUGUAUGGUGUAUUUCAGCUUCAGAACAAGAUACGGCGGUCGAGGACAACUAGAAUGUGGUAUCGCAAAUAG